GGAAGAGAGACUGAGAAGAACCAGAAAAUAGAGUACGAAAGAAGGAGGGCGCUUCGAUCCUGCCUAGAGGAGCGAGAAAGACGCAGAUAGUGGCAUAGCUCCCUCUAGGUGGCGAUAUCGAAAGAGUUAGCGCGCAGCAACGCAUAGAGGGCAGGGACAUCAGGGAGGCUCUGGUAGCUAGAUUGUGGUGGUGGUGUCGACUGCAGCCAGCACUGCUCUUGUGGAGGAGGAAACGCUGGUGCUGUUGCUGGUGGAUAUGCGGUGCGGUGCGGUACGCUGGAACAUUCGGUCCUUCGGUCUCUUGGUCCGAUGGCCAAGUAGUGAGAGAGGGUAAGAGUGGGAGGAGUACGAGUCUAGAGGGCGGAGAGUGAGAGAGAGUAAGUGCGUGGUGAGCGGGGCAGAGAGAGGUGAGCGGCGAGAAGUGUGGCGAAGUGGGGUAGAGAGCGGUAGGAUCGCGGGAGGUUGCGAACGCGGUGGUUCCGUUGAACGAGGGCGCGCAAACGGGCGGGUGUCACGAGUGCGGUGAAGCGGUGAAGGGGCCGUGAACGGAAGAGAUCGGGCGUACGUGAGGCGGGCGUAGGCGAGGUUCCGUAGCGACCGUGCGGUGGCGCACCAGGAAUUCCCGGCUCCCGGGCCCCGAGUCUGCCCCGAGUGUCUGCCUCGACUUGCUGACAUGGCGUCCUAGCGCUGUACGGCCAAGUCGCACGUCCCCGUUUGGAGGCUCACCCCGUCGGAUCCGACGCACCCCGAAGAUGCCAAGGUCACAAGAAAGAAGGACGUGAUACCAGCCGAUGAAGAGGAGAGCACGAGCACGAGCACGAUUACGAGAGCGCGAACACGAGAGCGCCAAGUUAAGACGUCUUCGUCGAUGAUAGCGCGCGGAUAAGCGAGAAAGCAACCACCAAGAUUAAGAUUAGGUCUGAUGUUAGCGGAUAUUAACGGAAACCUGGCGGAUCUGAGAAGCGAAGCAAUGGCGUCGCAGAGGUUUUGCCUGCGUUGGAAUAACCAUCAGAGUAAUCUGCUGUCCGUAUUCGAUCAGCUGCUCCACGAUGAGUCCUUCGUCGACGUAACCCUGGCUGUCGAAGGGCAAUUGCUCAGGGCACACAAAAUGGUGCUCUCGGCGUGCAGUCCCUACUUUCAGGCUCUUUUCGUCGGGCAUCCAGACAAGCAUCCCAUAGUCAUCCUCAAGGACGUCCCGUACGUGGACAUGCGCAGUCUUCUGGAUUUCAUGUAUCGCGGUGAGGUCAGCGUCGACCAGGACAGGUUGACGGCGUUCCUGCGGGUCGCUGAAUCCCUAAGGAUCAAGGGCCUGACCGAGGUGAACGAAGACAAGUGUGACCUGCCGAGCAUCACGUCUUCCCUGCUCGGAAAUCAAAACGUAGUACCUCCACCGCCGCCAAACCUUCAUAGAAUAAACCAAAUCGGGCCUCAGCACGUAUCGCAAAAGAGGUUUCACCAUAUGUCGAGUCAUCCGCUACUCGGCUCGGCACUGACAGCGCCCAAGAGGAAGCGUGGCAGGCCGAGGAAGCUCAGUGGUUCCUCGGACACGCCACUUGGCGACAACUCGACUCAGGAUCUUCAAGGCUCGAGUGCUGAUCUUGUCCAAGGUUCGCCGGAGAUGAUGGAGAUGAAGAUGGGUCUGGACUUUCAGAGCGAGAGUGGCGCCAACAGUAACGCGGGAACGUGUUCGGGAGCGAAUGGUAAUGGGACUAGCAACAAUAAUAAUGGCGGCUCGAAUGGAGGCAACAACAGUGCCGGUGCCUCGGGGACGACCUCGAGGAAGGACGAACCUACGGAAAAUGGGACGGAUAUCCUAGAGGCCGGCACGACCAGAGUCAAGCGAGAACCUGAACCAACGCCCAGUACUUCCGCGCAGGCCUCGGACGAGACGUUCACGCGGCCGCCCAGUAGGCAAGAAAGCAGCGAGGGUUUCAAACAAGACACCGAAGACGCGAGCAACGACGAGUCACACUCGCCCACGCAAAUUCGCAUAAACUUCGAGCGUUGCUUCCGCAACGAGUACAGCGCAUCGACGCUGCAACAAGGCGGCAAAGCCGGAAUCAACGAAGCAUCACUUUUGCAGCAGCAGCAGCAGCAGCAGCAAAAACAGCAACAACAGCAGGAACAUCAGCAUUCCGACCCGGAGUCCGAACAAAAAAUGUCCAAAGACCGUCUGAGUAGUGCCAUAUUUAACAUGGUCGCCGAGUCGGAAAUCAGUCAGAGCGACUUCGAGAGCUCGUUCAAGGUCGAAAGCGAGAGGUCAGAGGGCUCGGUGCGCGACUUUUGCGUUAAAGAGGGCGACGUCUAUAGGUGCACCGUGUGCCACAGGACUUACACACACAUUAGCAAUUUCUGUAGGCACUACGUCACCUCGCACAAGCCCAACGUCAAGUACUAUCCCUGUCCUGUGUGCUUCAAGGAGUUCACGCGGAAGGACAAUAUGGUCGCUCACGUUAAGAUCAUUCACAGUUUAAAGCCGCACAUGAAUCUGAGCAGCUCGAGCAUGGGUCAGCAGCGGUAGACCGCUGUUAGAGCAUACGAGCAUAAGAGCAUAUACAUUCAUAUGCUGACCUCCUUUUCAUCUUCAUCUUCAUCUUCAUCUUCUUGUUUCCGGUUUUUUUCUUCUUUUUUUUCCAUUUAUUCUAUUUGUUGUACUUUGUGCCUAGUCUUCUGGCUCAUCCCCGGUACACGGUACGCGGUACGCAGUACGCAGUACGCAGUACGCAGUACGCAGUACACUCCCAGUCUCUUGAUGCACACACCACCGAUGCCUCUCUACUUUACAGACAUAGCUUAGCAAAUUGUUAUUGUCCUUUCCAACCUUAACUGCGCCUUGUGUGUGCGUACUACCUUCCUAUCCAAAAUAGUUUAUUCUUCUUCUUCUUCUUCUUCUUCUUCGUUGUCGUCCGUAAACAUCUUCAGUUUUUAAUCAAAUUGUCACGUAGAGUAAUGACGUAACGCAAUGCCACAUACGAUUCAAGGGUUUAUUUUAUCAUCUGACACACCAAUUACACAUAUCGGACAUACAGGGCUAAUUUAUGAGAAAAAUAAAGAGCUCAGCAAAGUCAGGUCAAUCUCAUUCGCAAGAGAUUCGGAAUAAUGAGAAGAGGGCGGGGGGGAGAAAGAUGCGUCAAUUAUGGUAAAGCUUGACAUUCAAGAAAUGGAAAAAGUGUGACCUUUCGUUUCACAGGCGUCGCCUAAGGAAUUUGACAACUCGAUGUUUUUUCUUCUUGAGUAGAGAAGAAGGGAGGAAGAAUGAGAAGAAAGCGUGCAAUCCGAAAUUAUGAAAAAUAUUAACAGACACAUGAGAGAGUACGAGGAAAAGGAUAUUGAUUGAACGUUACAGAGAGAGAGAGAGAGAGAGAGAGAGAGAGAGAGAGAGAGAGAGAGAGAGAGAAUGAUGAGAAGACGGCAGAUGGGUAUAUGUAUAACUAGAUAAUUUGGUUGGUAGGUAGGCAACUAGAUGAAUAUAGAUAGGUAGGUAAGUAGGUAGGAUAGGCUAAGAGAUUAGGUGAAUAAUAGUAGGUAGCUAGAGAGACAGAAGUGGUGUAAUAAAGUUGGUUAGACAUUUAAGUUCGGAAAGGCUAGAAGGUUAUCGGCGCGGGGAGGUAUAUAGUCGGUAGGUCAGAGUAGAGCUAGUUUGGGGAUUAGGUUUCCUAGGUUGGAUGCAGCUAGACGUCGUAGGUACACGUUACACGUUAUAUGUUUGCCAUGUACGCGUACCUGAUGACCGUUCGUGCAAAAGGACCAGUUCUACUGUGUCGACAAUUAAACGGAACAAGUAAAACAAAAACGCUAAAAUUACGUGAAUAAAUACUAUAGAGAUUGAACAGCGAGAGAAGGAAAGGGGAAAAGAAUGGCUAAAAAUAAUAGAGACAAUUGGAUGUCGGAAUGCGAGAUUUUCGUAGCCUCCUAUUAAUCGAUUAUAGAUCAAACUGAUAUACAGUUUACGUAGAGCCAAUUUCCCAAACAUAUUUUUCUUUACUUUUUAAUAUUGGACUUUCGAAAAUAUUCCUUUCUUUCUCUUUGUUAUCUCGUAUGUUCGUGCCGGAAUAAUUAUUCUUGCUGCUUGCAAGCGAGUGGGGAGACCUUCGUCAAGAUAAACAAUUCCAAAAUCCCGAUCUUACUUGAGAGUUUGAAAUCUUGAGUUACUCUUCCUCCCUCCCCGCCCCCUCCCCCACCCAUCCAAACUGACUAACAAAAAAAAAAAAAGUAUAUAAAUCAAUAUAUAUACGCAACGGGCAUUAAGUUUACCCAAAUAAACAAACAAAAAUGAACGAGCUUUACCGCGAGUGCUUCCGACGCGCAUUUCCCGAUAGAAAGGAGGUUAGAAAGAAGUUAACGAUGAUGUUGAUAAGACGGAAAACACAAAAUUUGAAUAUCUGCGUCAUUCGCGGAGGACGUGAAGAUCGGCAGAAAGAAAAGAACGGAUAAACGAUAAGUUCGGGACAACAAAAUAUUCGCACCCGGGGGCCGCGGAUUCUGUAUACACAUUAAACAUAUAUAUAAGGAAGGGAGAUAACUAGUGGCAAACGUAGAAUUUAUAUGAGCCAAUCACGAGUCGUCGUACGAUUUAUAAUAUAGUUUAAUCAAGAUGAUGCUGGGUUAUAACUUGUAAAUGUAAGACAGAUAUAUUUACCAUAAUACCUGCCACGGGAGGAAAAAGAAACGAAAAACACGAAAAGGGACAAGUAGAAGAAAAGCCGCAAGAAAUGGUCGGCAGAAGAAAUAGAAAAUAAAGAGAGGAUCAGAAUUGUAGAAAACCGAAUGUAAUAGAGAGAAGAGAGAGAGAGAGAGAGAGAGAGAGAGAGAGAGAGAGAGAGAGAGAAAGGAUUAAAAAUGAAUUAAUUAAAGCUGAGGUAAAAAAUAACUAAGAAAUCAAACAUACAUAGGUGUAUAACAUAAAUACAUAAAUACGAUAUAAGGGAACCACGUAGACUGAGUAAAUGCAAUACGACAACCGUUCGCCAUGUUUUUAAGCUGUUAAGCUGUUAAGCUGUUGAGCCGUUGACAGAUAAUUGACAGGGAGUGCGAGACUGUACAAUAUUUUGGAGUUUGCUCUUUUGAUGGGUCUGGGUCUGCGGGGGGUGAUACGCGAUGGUACGAGUGCAAGGGCUAAGGGAAGAUUUAAAAGAAUCGCUGUGCGCUAUACAUGAAAAAUUUGACUUUAGAUCGUUCAAGGUUUCCUGCCUCUGGGAUUGUUGUGUCUUCUUCUACGCAGCGUAAGAAGCCUAACGGACUACUCGGAUGAGAAAGAGAGAGAGAGAGAGAGAGAGAGAGAGAGUCAAAGGACAAUGCUACGGCUAAGCCUCCUAGAUAAAAAUGAUUAAUGCACACACGAGAGCCAAAUUGAAAAAAAAAAAAGUUAAAUCCACAUGUAUGGCGCAUACGCGAAUUCACGAAGAAUGGUACGCACUGUAUAGACGAAAAGAAGGAAGAAGAUGUGGUAUUUUUCGCACGAUGCUUUGAAGAAUGAAACUAAUUGAUCGAAGAGAAUUCGAAAGCGAAACGGGAUGCAAUUCUAUGUAAGACUGCAGUGGGACGGUUAACGACACCAAAUACAAGAUAGUACUGACAUUGGAUAGACUGAAGGCACCUUAGUAGUAACUUAACCGCCGAGCCGUGCGCAGGUGCUUCCGUCGCGCGACACGUUGACUCUCUCCGUACACUUACGUGUACCUGUAUCGAGAGUCAAUUUGACGAGCGCGGUGGCUCGAAGCCGGCAACGGUAUAGGCUUAGUUGCGAGACAGAGCAGCACCCUACGACGACCGUAGUAUACUAUUUUGCACUUUAUUAUCGUCUCGCGUCUGACGUCUGACGUCUGACGUCUGACGUCUGACGUAUGCGUAGCGUAACCCGUACAAUAAAUAAUCCUCCGUUACGUCCUCUCGGGAAUCCGCGUGAUCCGCUCGUUAGGAUGGGCCAUUCUCAGCGGGAACGAGCUACCUCGGUCGACACGGGAGGAAGGCCGAGCUCCCAUGCGUCCAAGUGGCAGAGAAUUUAGCUUAGAACGGGAAACCGAUAGAUUGCGAGAGAGAGAGAGAGAGAGGUCUACUCUAUAUAAAGGUGUUUUUUCUCUUUUUUUACUUGUUGGACAUAGAUAACGUAGUGGACGACUAGAGGCUAUUAUUAAACUACUAGAAUUUAGGCUCGUGCACCCGCGCGUGUGCAUGUGUGUAGCCGGCUUAACAAUAAGAUAAUGGACCAUGGCUGCCUCAUUCAGAUAACGUGGUUUCUCAACGUUGUAGUUGACGAUGCAUGCAGGAAGCAACGGGACGACGCAAAAGCGACGCGCACUUGCUUCUCUCCUUUCGGGAGGAAAUUUUUCUGCUCUUUUAUUUCGGUGAUACUUGUGCUGCUGCGCAAUAUCCGGAAAUUCGUCAUUUCUUAUGGACGGAUAUUCUUAUCUUUUACCAAUCUCGUGCAGCCUGGGAUCGUCAUAUGUGUAUACAUGCAGAUAUAUACACACAUGCACAUGCACACAUCUAUAUACUUAGAUUUUAAUAUAUACCAGAGUUAUUCAUCGACCGAUUACACGAUGAAAUCUUUAGCUGAGUUGCUCAAAGCAGUUGGUAGCAUCGGAGGCAGUAAUUGUUGGCAGCAAGACGUCGCGAGCGUGUCAAAGGUCAGAGAUGGAUAGCGUGCGCGGGAGGGAGAAAACUAGGCGAUCCGUUCUCGAGUCUUUAAAAUCCGCAAUCAUAAUGAAUUUAACAAUAGUAGAAGUGAGGCAACUACACAUAGAAAUAGUAAUAGUAAUAGAAAUAGAAAUAGAAAUAGAAAUAGAAAUAGAAAUCUAUAUCUAUAGAUACACAAGUAUAAUGAUAUAUAUAUAUAUAUAUAUAUAUAUAUAUAUAUAUAUAUAUAUAUGUAUUGUACAUAUAUAUAUAUAUAUAUGUAUUGUACAUAAAUUAUACUCUAGCGUCAAAGUGGCAGCGGCUAGACAGCUUAUCGAUAAUCAAUGAAAGAAAUAACAUAAAUGAAUGAAACAAAGAACUAAGCAAAUAAACAAAAAAAUCAUUUGAUAAUCAUUGAGAGGCUAAGACUAACAUUUUCGAGAGUUUCGUGAUUUUUCGUUAAGAACGACGUGGCGCGGGGUGGAAUAAACACUUGUACGGUGCAGGGGGGCGAGAAUCAAUGAAGAAACGAUGCGAGGAAACGAGAAAGGGUUGAUAAAGCAGUAAUUCGGCAAGCGAGCAAUUCGAGCGAUUCGGACGCGAUCUUCAAAGAUUACGUGCCUGCCUCUACGUCCAUUGUUCAACAAAAACGAAAACGGCAAAGUAAUAAAUAGAAAGUAUGUUUCGUAGGCUUUCGAAACCUUUUCUUCUUCUCCUUAUCGUUUCGAAAGGAUCGAGAGAAUUAGAAGUGCAACUGGUCCGUAACUCGUCAGCAUGGCUGAAUGAUUACGGCCGUUCGGCAGUGAGGCAGGUAAAAGAAGAAGGGUUGCUUUUCCGAGGGAGUUAAAUCUCGACGGACGAGAGACGUAGACGUUACCGCAAUCAGCGUUACCAUUUCGUGAGGCGCAACCGUGCGUGAAAGGGGGGAAAGGGGUGAAGGGGGGGGGGGAAGCGGCCAAGAGCGAAGCUCAGCCACGGAGGGUGGAAAAGCGCGCGGUGGGGGCAGCAGGAAAGAAGACCGAGUCCGAGGAAAUAUUCUAGCUAUUUGAGGUCGAAUAUCUGGUGGCAAGGCAAAGGGGAGGCUGAGUUAAAGGAUAAUAUAAUAUAUUAUAUGGCCGGCGGUAAGGGAGGCGUGACGUAAGUGAAGCGACUGCGGGGACGGCGUGUUUAUUAUCAGGAUUAUUCGGGACUAAUGGCAAUAAAACGGACGCGUCAAGUUCAGAUGGCGAUUUAGUCCCGAAUCGGUCUCUGCGUACGUAUUAUACGUGGAAGAAGGAAAACCGAUGCGCGGAAGAGAGAGCAUACGCGGUGAACUGGAUGAGGAACAAAAACAUAACAAAAAAGCAUGUUGAACAUAUUAUAUUAAUUUAUGUGUUUACUACGGAGAAAUUUAUAGAUAUAUUUAUAAAGGGCGAUCUAUUGCCGAGUGUCAUGGCCAGCAAUUAUUCUUUUUUCCUUUUGAAAAAGGGAAACACAGUCAAUAACGAUAUUAAGUUCAAUCGGCUAUGACGCUUCGUGCAAUGGCUCUGGUCGCCGAGAGAGGUAAAUUACGAGGCUUAAAAAGCAGACUGUACUAUUGGAUAGAUUUUAAUAUAUAUAUAUAUAUAUAUGUGUGUGUUAUAUAUAUAUUAAAACACACAACACACACACACACACACACAAAACGCGUGCCAGGACAACUGCAAUGCAACACACGUUUAAAGAUAGACAGACAGGUGUGUAUAUGCGUAUAUAGUACGUGUCCAUAUAUUAAAAAGAAAAAAAAUGCAAUUUUUCAUCACUCACUGUUACUGGUCCGCAUUGUAUGGUAACGCACCAUAAAUACAACAUAAUACACAUAAUACACGUUAUAUGAGUAAAACGACGCGUACGUACCACGUGCGCAUCACCCAAGUACAUACAUAUUAUAUAUUCUAUUAUUAUUACAAUUAUUAUUAUUAUUAUUAUUAUUAUUAUACAAACAAAAGUUAUAUCGAAUAUAUUUUAGUGCUAGUUGGUAAUAUUAUCUAUAACGUCGUUGCAGUUUUUAAAUAUGAACGCGUCAGAAAACGAGAAAGUUGACUUUUAAUUUUAUACGAGUUAAAGAGAAAAAUUACAUAUUUCGAUGAUGGGAUCUAAACAUAGCUGACUAAGUAAUCCCCUGGUUUGGUGCCUUUUUAAUGCAAAGAAGAAGAGUGAGGGCAAGAGAGAAAAAACAAUUAAACGAAAAUCAUUAUUAAAAAGAAAUUUAAAAAAAGAAUUAUAAUAAUGAAAAGUUAAGAACCAUAAGGAAGGCGAAAGAAAAAUGGUGAGAAUACAAUGAAUGCGCGUUCCACAGAAGAUGGCUAAUGUGUUAAGAGUAUAAAUGGCUGUACGGAGAAAGGUUCGAGAGUAAGAAAAUGAAAAAAAAAAACAGAAACAAAAAAAAAACAAAAAAAAACAAAAAUUAACAAAAGAAAUGGUUUAUUAAUUGUUAUGACAUUGUGCAAUCGGGGCAUAUUUACAUUGCGCAUGCGCAAAUCGGCCCAGGGUCGAUUGUUCCCGAACGCGCAUUCUAGUGCCAAAUAAGUGAGACAAAAGAUAAAGUGAAAGGAAUAAAGAAAAAUUUCAUAGGGAAUUUUUUAGACGAGAGUCUUUUCUGACGCUGGGUAGAAACUUAGUAUAUUUUAUAUGCACUGAUUGUUUGAUUACGACUAUCAAUAAUAAAAAGAACGGUGUUCAAUAGAUUGUAA